AUGGAAAGUGAAUCGUCUAUCUGCACCGACCAACAACUGCUCGACAGAAAUCGUACCGUGUUUGUUUGUGGAUUCGUCCCAAAACGAUGGCAUAACAGCUCCCUCCAAGCGGUCAUUCAAGACCUACUGUGUGAUUAUUACGUUGCCUGUAAUGCAGAGAGCUGGGACGAAAGCUCCGCAACUCGAUCGCUACUUUCAAAUGCUGAAGCUCUAAUAUUCUUUGUUAAUGAAUUCACCCUUGGGGACAAAACUUGUCUCCUCAAUCUGCAGUAUGCGUGGCACCUCAUGGUUCCUGUCAUUAUGCUUCGCCCCCCUAAAACAAAGCUCGUGAUCUGCAAACGGGAGCAGACCCACGACGAUAUUGUCGUUGUUGCCAACGGGUCCAUCGUUCGUAGUCCUAGCACCCGAUGGACUCUUCUCGAUGAUACCAACUUAGAUGCAGUUGACUAUGGUUUGCUUCAGGAUGUUCUUCAUGAGGGUUACAAACUCUCGCUGGUUUACGACCGUCUCGACCACAAGACAUCCAUGAAGAAGAUCAGCGAGCGUCUCAAAGAAGUAAUGCGUCCUUCGCUUCUUCGCGAGGCUGAACAACGACCAUUCUUCCUUUCUCCAGCCAACGGCCCUAACCUUACAGAACGAUAUGACAGCUCAGGCGAAAUAACAACUGAAAGAGGUAGAUAUCUAGUAGAUUAUGAUCAGGUAUUUGGCUGA